CCCCGUCCCCCCGCCGGGUGGGCGGCCCCUCGCGGCGGGCUCAGUCAGGCGGCGGCACCAUGGCCUCGGCCCCCGGCCCGCGCGGCCUCCCUUGGCGCGGCCUCUGGCUGCUCCUGGCCCACCACCUCCUGGCGGCCACCGCCUGCAGGGACGCCGAGUACCGCCCCGUCCUGCAGGAGCUGUGCCUCGCGCCCUUCCGGGCCCACAUGGACGCCAUCGGACAGGCGCUGUGGUGCGACUGGGACCAGACCGUGAGGAGCUACUGGGAACUCUGGAACUGCACCCGGCAGGUGGCCGGGCAGCUGGGCUGCGCGUGGCCCGGCGCGGCUGUGGACCGCUUCUUCGUGGGCGUGCACCGCCUCUACUUCCAGGCCUGCCCCGCAACCGGCAGGGCCGUGCAGGACCCGCCCAGCAGCAUCCUCUGCCCCUUCAUCGCGGUGCCCGUGCUGGUGACCCUGCUGGUGACGCUGCUGGUGGCCUGGCGGAGCCAGCGCUCGGAGCGCGUGGUGUAGGCGGGCAGGGUGCCCGGCUCCCAGCCCGGGCCAGGAGAGCCAGCAGGAACCCAGGACGUGGGGGCAGUGGGGACUGUCCUUGCACUGUGACCGCUGUGGUUAAAGGACGCUGGGACCUGUGCCUGCCCUGUUGGGCGCUCGCGGCCCUCACCCACUGUGGCUCCCUGACCCCGGGCCACCAAGGAGCUGGGGGUGGAACUGGGAGACAGCAGCAUGGCAUGUCGUGCCCCCCCCCGGAUUCCAGGACCACUGGCCGAGGGGACUGACCGUCACACCUGUGGGCAGGUCACUCAUCUCCUUCCCCCAAGGGUGGCCCUCAGCCCACCCCAGCCUCUGCUGCUCCCCCAGCCACUGACAGCCAGGCUUCCGGAAGGUUCUGGAGGCCUGGCACUGUGCCAAUAGAUACCUGGUGAGCCCUGAGCCCUCCGGGCCCGUCCCUCCCCACCCAUCAGAGCCGGUUCCCGCUUCCACCCUGACAGCUCCUGUGUGUGCUCGCGUGGCUGUCCCCACCCUGAGCAGAGGGUCCGGUCACCGGCUGUGUGCCGUGUGUAGGACUGUCCACCCCUCCCAGGCCUGGGUACACGCCAUGCUCUGCACCAUGCCAGCCACUGCCUCGGGCCCCCGGGAGCCCAGAGAUGUGUCCUCCGAGAGCAGUGGAUGGCUCUGCUCUCGACCCUUCUGUCCAUCGGGGGGCAUGUCCUGGAGUCCUGGCCGAGGCCUGGAAAAGGGUCACCUGCUGCUCGGACACAGCCUGAAUCCCUCCUGCUGGCAACGGGUCCCUCUCCAGUCUGGCAGGGCCGCAGGUCAGGCUGUGGACUGCGGGGACUGCUGGCCCCGGUCUGCGACCCCCCACCUCCGUCCACUCUCCCGGACACCCCCCGCAGCCUGCACAGGGCAGCUCCAGGCUGGCAGAGGGAAACGGGGCACCGGGCACCACUGCGGGGAUCAACGCCAGCCUGCAGCUGCGACCCUUCCCUCUCCCACCCAUGGUGACCCAGGAGACCGAGGGGACACGGGGCGCCCGGCUGGGCCCCCCGCUCUGCUCUCUCCAGCGGACGCGCUUCCGGGCAGGCGUGGCUGCAGGCACCGAAUCAGGGCUCCAUUCCUGGGGCUGCUGCUCAGUGGAAGGAUGAAGCCCUCGGUGCUUGUUCAUGUCUGUUGGGAGCUGGACGUCCGUCUGUCCGUCUGUCUGGCCCCUGCCCUGGGCUCACCCGCACAGUGUGGGGUACACAGCCCGCCGGCCGCCCUCAGGUUCUGUGCAUCUCCCGCUGGCGCUUUCUCUAGGUGCCGCUGUCCCUGGCAAAGCUGCACACCCCCGCCGGCCCGACAACUCUCCCCUCCCGGGCAGCCUGCCUCCGUGUGAGCCUGGCUUCUAGAAGCUUCCAGAAGCUUCUUUAGGAACCCACCAGGCGGGCUCAUCCCUGGCCCGGAAACGCCACUCUCCAUGGCCCUGUGCUCCCAGGAACAUAUUUUAUGCGCAAAGUGCUUCGUUCCUUUAGCGUCUUUGCGCGUUUUCCUCGGUGGCUCUGUCGUCUCUCCGGGCUGGAUCUCCCGAGCUGUCGGCCCUCACGCCUCUGUAGGUGAGUGAAGACUCUGCCUCAGCCCCAACAGAGAGAGGAGGGAGCCGCGCCGAGGGGACAGACAGCGGCAGGAAACUGCCCUUCUGUGAUGAGGGACAGUGAACAACUAAUAAUGAGGGCCCGGAAGGGCACGGCUGGGGACAGUCCCCUGGCCUGGAGGUCCUUUGGUCCCUCCAUGGCACUGCAGGAAAAAAAAAGAAAGGUUUUAGAAAGUUAAGAAAUGAGAUACGGGGAGCUGGAGCAGAUAGUACAAUGGGGAGGGCGUUUGCCUUGCAUGCAGCCAACCCAGGUUCGAUCCCCGGCAUCCCAAAAGGUCUGCUGAGCACCGCCAGGAGUAAUUCCUGAAUGCAGAGCCUGGAGGAACCCCUGAGCAUCAGUGGGUGUGACCCAGAAAGCAAAAUUAAUAAAAUAGUAUUUUUUAAUAAGAUACCAUUUUUUUUAAGAUGUUGGAAAAAAUUUAUUUUAAAAUUGUAUUGGAGGGGCACGAAGUGAUACAACAGCGGGGUGGGCGUUUGCCUUGCACGCGGCCAUCCUGGGUUCAGUCCCCGGCUCCCAUAUGGUCCCCUAAGCACCACCAGGAGUGAUCCCUGAACUCAGAACUAGAAGUAAGCCCUGAGCACUGCCGGGUAAGGCCCCAAAACCAGUAAGUAAAAUCAGAUUUUAAAACCCAGUAUGAUGGGCCAGUGAGACACUCCAGCGGGCCGGGCACUGGCCCUGUAGGUGGCAGACCGAGGGUUCUCCUCAGGGCCCGCGUGGUCCCCCGAGCUCCGCCGGGUGUAGCCCCCAAACAAACAAAGUUAAAUAACAACAACCCUUUUCACUCUGUACUAGACGGUUCCGGGUCACUUCCCCCUUUCCAGCGGGACCAGCCCCUCCCCCUCCGCCUCCGCCAAGUCCCAGGCAUCUGCAGGAACCCCCGUCAUUCCCGUCAGCCCCCACAUCGCUCCAAAGAAAACCACAACCAAGCCGGAAGGGCUUUACCCCUUGAGACAACGUCGAGUCUCCCUUCUCGCUGGCCUGCAUGCCCCUCCCUGGGCCGCUGACCCCCACAUUUCUCCUGACCCCACUUCUGGAUCCUGCCAGCCCCAGCUUAGAGGCUGGUGGGACUCGGGCCACACCAGAGGGUCAUCACCUGUGUGCUACGAGGCCCUGCGGGUGUCCCUGGGCACUGCCCAGUGGCCUGGCCAGGAGGACAGUGACAGGGAGCCCGCCCGAGGCUCUGAGCACUGAGCGUGGCCCCGGCUGCACCCCUCCCGUUGCGUCUGUGCGCUUGUCUGGCCUGGUGCCGCCUGCUGUCGGCAGCGCGGCCUCCUCCACGCCCGCCCCUAGCUUUGGGGGGCCGGGUUUCCCGCUGGGCCCAGGACACCCCACCCCGGGCCUUGACCACUUGCUACAGUUGUGGCAGGACAGGUGGGGCGCUGGCUUUGUGCACGGCCAGCCCAGGGUUGCUCCCCUGCUCCUCACCGGGCCC